GGCUGGACUCGAACAGUUGCGUUUCAACAGCGGCGGCGCAGAGCAUGGCCUGAAUGAGUCCCUCUGCGAUAUCUACGGGUCGCAGUUUACCGCGCGUUACGAAUUCGCCGUCGACGAGAACGCUUGCAUACAUGCAAACUACCAGAGUGCAGGAAGCAACGCCUUUACCUGCUCCCUGGCCAACGGCAGCAACGACAAAUCGACAGGCUCGGAGCUACUGUCGCUGACCAUUAUACUUGCGGUCGCACUGCGUAACCCUGGUGCUGCAACGCUGCGGUCGCCAUGGGCCACGUUGAUCACGGGCGGGGCGCGCAGGCGCAUCGCGCCGCUAACUUUGCGAGGCCAACCGUGCUACGUCAAGCAAAAAGCAGCGCCAGACUUUCCUGGCAGGCAGCUCAACGAGGGGACAG